AUGACGCCGGCCGCCCACCCGGAGCCUAUCGCCAUCUGCGGUAUGGCCGCCCGCCUGCCCGGCGAGGGCCUCCUGAGCCCCUCGGGCUGCUGCAGAACCUUUGACGCAGCCGCCAGUGGUUACGGCCGCGGCGAGGCCGUCAACGCCGUCUUCUUGCGGCGGCUAUCGGACGCUGAGCGAGCCGGCGACCCCAUCCGGGCGCUGGUGCGAGCCAGCGCCACGGGCCACGACGGCCACAAGGUCGGGCAGCUCAAGCCGGACGCUGCGGCGCAGGAGUUGCUGAUCCGCAAGACGUACGCGCUGGCGGGCAUCCCGGACUCGCAAUUCGGCGACACGGCGUGGAUCGAGUGCCACGGUACAGGCACCGCCGUCGGCGACCCCAUCGAGAUGAGGUCCGUCGCCAAUGUCUUUGGCCGCGAAGGCAUCGUCGUCGGCAGCGUCAAACCCAAUGUCGGCCACUCGGAGGGCGCGGCUGGUCUAACGGCCCUGAUCAAGGCUGUGCUGUCGCUGGAGCACGGCGUAAUACCGCCCAACAUCUUUUUCAACACUCCAAACCCUCUCAUCCCCUGGCAGGCGGCCAAGCUCCGAGUCCCGGUCGACCCUCUGCCGUGGCCCGACGGCCGCAAGAAACGGGUCAGCGUCAACUCCUUUGGAGUAGGCGGCUCUAAUGCCCACGUCAUUGUCGAAGACGGCAGAUCGUCCAAACUCCUGGCUCGCCGGGUUCCCACCGAGGCGGCCCGCGUCCUGCUACUUUUCAACACCACUCACCCUUGGUCGCUGCAGAAGCAGGUCCUCAACCAUAGAAACUACCUUCUAGAACGUCUACCUGCCUCGCGUCAUGACCCCGAAAACGACUACGAGGACAAUACAAAAGCAGCCGAUUGCGGGCUGUUGAGUUUCGGCGACGCAGGCCAUUCCGGACAUCUUCAGGACAAGACGCCGCCGCCCCGCGUCGCCUUUGUGUUCACAGGACAAGGCGCUCAGUCGGCUGGUAUGGGUUACGAGCUGCUCCGCGAUAAUAAUGUGUUUGCCGACAGCAUCCGCUAUCUGGACCAGUGCCUGGAGACCCUGCCGGACACUCUGGCACCCGAAUGGACCCUUUUUGACGAGCUUUCCAAGCCAGCCCCAAACAGCCUCAUCGAGAAGACGAGGUACUCGUUGCCCUGCUGCACCGCAGUCCAGAUCGGUCUGGUCAACGUUUUCCGGGCCUGGGGCGUCUUGCCCGCGGCCGUUGUCGGCCACUCAAGCGGCGAAGUCGCCUCGGCCUAUGCGGCAGGCGUCCUUUCAGCCCGCAAGGCCAUCAUCAUAGCCUAUCUGCGCGAUCUGGUACCGGAUGAGCUGCGGGAUGAGAAUGGCAAGCCGCGGCCGCGGCGGCCGGGCAUGAUGGCUACAAUCGGCUUGAGAGCCGCUCCGAGAAACACGACCGUUUCUGGCGAUGCAGACGCGGUACAGGAAACCCUUCGAAAAGUUGCCGAGACGGACCCGCUCAUUCGUUGCCACGCGCUCCGGGUCCGAACGGCCUUCCACUCGCAUCACGUUGGGCCGAGCGCGCUCAAGUACGAGGAGCUGCUAAGACCGUUUCUCGACGGAGUAGAGACCAGCAACCGACCCUUUGAUUCUCCUCCGCUGUAUAGCAGCAUCUCGGGGUCCCUCGUAGAAGACGCCGCGAAGUUGGUGGGAAGCGCGCGAUACUGGCGAGACAGCCUUGAGAAGCCCGUAAUGUUCCGACAAGCUCUGGAACAGCUGGUCAGCUGGGAGCAUGACAACAACCCGCUCCUCCUCCUUGAAAUCGGGCCUCAUCCCGCACUCAGAAAGCCUAUCGCAGAGACGGUUUCGGCACUGGAGGCGUCAUCAUCGUCAUCAUCCACAACUGCUGAGCCACAAGCUUUGCACAUCGCGACCCUGCGCCGGGGCGAGAGGUCCGACGAGGCCCUGCUACGAACGGUGGGGGAGCUGUUCGUGCGCGGAGCUCUCACGGAGGCGAACAUGGAGUCCAUCUUCAGACCAGACGGGUCUGCCUCUCCUGCUCCACAUUGCCUGACCGACCUGCCUCCUUAUGCAUGGCACCACGGCACGCAGUAUCUGGAUCCGCCGCGCGUGGCCAGCGUUUACAAGAGCGCGCGGCAUCUCCCUCACGAGCUGCUUGGCUCUCGGGUUCCGGACGCCACCGACCUCGAGCCGUGCUGGCGCUGUGUUCUUGAGCCCGACGACCAUCCCAUAUGGCUGGGCCACCACGUCAUCGAUGGCCAGGUAAUCUUUCCCGCCGCCGGCUACAUCGCCAUGGCGGGCGAGGCUGUCAAUCGGCUUGGGGCCGGCCAUGUUGCUGAUAAGAGUUACGUCAUUCGUAACGUUUCGUUCAAGGCCCCGCUAGUCGUGCCACAGUGA